AUGUCACUGAAACAGCUUACCCUGAAACUGGUCAUGCUUAUGGCCCUAUGGUCUGCACAGGGAGUUCAGACUUUACACUCCUUGUCCUUGGAAGAAAUGAGUACCCUACCUGGAAAGUAUGUCUUUCGCAUCUCUUCUGUUUUAAAACAAACAACUGCCAAAGGGGGCCAGAACGGACAUUUACUACCCAUUACUUUUCAUAGUUACCCCCUGGACAAAAGACUGUGUAUCGUGGAGCUACUUUCAGCUUAUGUUAAAAGAACAGCUCCUGUCAGGAAAGAGCCAAAGCAGUUGCUUAUUUGCCAUGCUGAGCCUCAUGGACCAGCUUCAAGGGACACCAUAUCACGUUGGAUAAAACAAACCAUGAAGGAUGCGGGAAUUGAUACUACGGUUUUCAAACCCCACAGCACUAGGGGUGCCUCUACCUCAGCAGCUAAAGCAUUGAAUGUUCCUGUUCAGGUCAUAAUGAACACUGCUGGAUGGCGUUCUGAUUCUACUUUUGCCAAAUUCUAUGAUCGCCCUGUCCUAACUGCAAACAACUUUGCUGCAGCAAUUCUGGGAGAUAAAUAA